UUUUAUUGUUUGAUUAAACUUUCUUUCUUUCAGAUGUGAUAAAUCCUUGUCUAAGAAGAAAAGCAAAUCUGAUCUAUCACCAAUCAAGUUUUCAUUUUCAAGAUCUAAUCCCGAUCAACAGAAAGACACAUUUGAUAGAUCGAAUUUCACUGAGCAAGAAAUAAAGUCAAUUAAUCUACAAGUAUUGUCAGACUAUUCCCAUUUAAAUGAAGUGGUUAGUAAUUUGAGUGAUGAGCAAAAAAGAGACAUUAGGGAUAUUGGGUUUGGGAGUCUCUUAGAUAUUAGGAUAAAGAAGUUUUGUCCUAAUCUGAAUUUGGAGGUGUUGUUAAAUUACAAUGCAUCUGGAAUGAUGUUUUCAACAAAGAAUGGUAAACUGAUUUUUAAUAAGUUUACCAUUAGUGAUGUUUUGGGGUUACCUGUGUCAGAUAGAGCAGUAGAGGUUAUAGAUGAUGACGCCUUUAGGAGGAAAGGUAGUCAGAUAGAGGCUGGAAGUGCCAGGAAGGAUUGGCAUAGGUUUCUUGGUAUUUCUGAUCCCAAGAAGGUAUAUAUUGGUAGAAAAAAUUGGGAUGAUUUGUUUAAGAAAUAUGAAUCCGGGGAUGAUUUCAAGAAGUUAUUUGUGAUCUUUUCGUUGUCGAAGCUUCUAUGUCCUAUAGCUGAUUUAGGGCCUGUGCUGAAAUGUGCCAAGAGUUUAGAAGAUGUAUCUGCAAUUUCAAGUUAUGACUGGUGUGGAUAUAUAUUGAGAAGUCUUUGUGCUGCUGUUUUGGACUGUCAUCAGUCUAUUAUGAUUAAGAAGAUUGAGCUUGGACAGAAGAAAGUAUCAUUCAAGCUUCGUGGAUGCGUCAGCGCUUUGACUCUUGCUGUUAUUCACAACUUCAAGUGUCGUAAUCUGGAUUAUUCAAAUGUCAGUAAGCCAUUUAUCAGUUAUUGGCAGGAUGAGAAGGAUUUGACUGAUGUUGUGAAGCAGUUUGAGAUCAACAUGGAUUUUAUUCUGCCGGUGAAAUGGUCCUUAUCAUCAUAUUGA